UUACAAUUUUGCCCUAAUUACCCGCCCCAACAGAACAACCCCCAAAACCCGUCCCCACAACUCCGCCCCCACUUCUCAGUAAAAACCCCGCCGCCGUCUACUCCUUCCUUGUAUAUAAAGCAAAGAAGGCGAAACCCUAGCCUCCCCCUCUCUGUCACGCAGCAAACACGCAGUGAGUGUGGCAAUGGCGCAAUCUCUGGAGCUUCUGCUGAUACAAUUUUUGAUGCCGGACAACGACGCCCGGCGGCAGGCGGAGGAUCAGAUUAAGCGGUUGUCCAAGGACCCGCAGGUGGUUCCCGCCCUAGUCCACCACCUCCGCACGGCCAAGACCCCCAACGUCCGUCAACUCGCCGCCGUUCUCCUCCGCAAGAAGAUUACCGGCCACUGGGGCAAGUUAUCACCGCAGCUCCGCCAGCUGGUGAAGCAGUCGCUCAUUGAAAGCAUCACUGUGGAACACAGUCCACCAGUCAGAAAAGCUAGCGCAAAUGUGGUGAGCAUCAUUGCGAAAUAUGCUGUCCCAUCUGGUGAAUGGCCCGAUUUGCUGCCAUUUUUAUUCCAGUGUAGUCAAAGUGCACAAGAAGAGCAUAGAGAAGUGGCAUUGAUACUUUUCAGCUCGUUGACCGAGACAAUCGGGAAUUCGUUUCGACCAUAUUUUGCAGAUUUACAAUCUCUGCUACUUAAGUGCCUACAGGAUGAGACCAGUAAUCGUGUUAGAGUUGCUGCUCUCAAGGCAGUUGGUUCGUUUUUGGAGUUCACUCAUGACGAGACAGAAGUGAUGAAGUUCCGAGAGUUUAUUCCCAGCAUUUUAAACGUAUCGAGACAGUGCCUUGCCUCUGGUGAAGAGGAUGUUGCUGUGCUUGCUUUCGAGAUAUUUGAUGAGUUAAUCGAGUCUCCUGCUCCUCUUCUUGGAGAUUCUGUUAAAUCCAUAGUUCAAUUUUCUCUUGAAGUUUGUGCAAGUCCUAAUCUUGAAUCUAGUACCCGCCAUCAGGCUAUACAAAUAAUUUCCUGGCUUGCAAGAUAUAAAUCGAACUCACUCAAAAAGUACAAGUUGGUUGGACCAAUACUGCAAAUUAUGUGCCCAUUACUUGCUGAAUCAACUGACCGGGAUGAAGAUGAUGAUCUUGCACCUGAUCGUGCCGCUGCAGAAGUUAUUGAUACAAUGGCCAUAAAUCUGGCAAAACACGUUUUUCCUCCCGUUUUUGAGUUUUCUUCUAUAAGCAGUCAGAAUGCGAAUCCGAAAUUCAGGGAAGCUGCAGUUACAGCUUUAGGUGUUAUUUCAGAGGGUUGUUUGGAGUUGAUGAAAGGCAAACUGGAACCCGUCCUUCGUAUUGUCUUGGGGGCUCUUAGAGAUCCUGAACAAAUGGUACGUGGCGCGGCAUCGUUUGCACUUGGCCAAUUUGCCGAGCAUCUUCAGCCUGAGAUAGUAUCUCACCACAACAUUGUUCUUCCAUGUAUGUUGAAUGCCGUAGAGGAUGCAUCCGAUGAAGUUAAGGAGAAGUCGUAUUAUGCAUUGGCAGCGUUUUGUGAGGAUAUGGGGGAAGACAUUCUUCCUUAUCUAGAUCCUUUGAUGGGAAAAUUACUCGGUGCUCUGCAAACUAGUCCCCGCCAUUUGCAGGAGACAUGCAUGUCUGCAAUCGGUUCUGUUGCAUCUGCUGCUGAACAAGCUUUUGUUCCGUAUGCUGAAAGGGUUCUUGAGUUGAUGAAAAUCUUCAUGGUGCUUACAAACGACGAGGACCUCAGAUCACGAGCAAGAGCUACUGAGUUGGCUGGAAUAGUUGCAAUGUCUGUUGGCAGGGCAAGAAUGGAACCAAUUUUGCCGGCAUUCAUUGAAGCUGCAAUAUCUGGUUUCGGGUUGGAGUUCAGUGAGCUUCGGGAGUACACUCAUGGAUUCUUUAGUAAUGUAGCGGAACUUCUAGAAGAUGGGUUCACUCAGUACCUUCCGCAUAUAGUUCCUUUAGCCUUUUCGUCUUGUAACCUUGAUGAUGGCUCUGCUGUGGAUAUUGAUGAUUCUGAUGGGGAUGAAAAUGUCACCGAAGUUGGUGGUGUCUCGUCCGAUGAUGAAGCGCACGACGAGCCCAGGGUCCGUAAUAUUAGUGUAAGAACCGGUGUUUUGGACGAAAAAGCGGCUGCUACUCAAGCUCUUGGCUUAUUUGCUUUGCACACAAAGAGUUCCUAUGCACCGUACAUAGAUGAGACCCUGAAGAUUUUAGUUAGACACUCAACGUACUUCCAUGAAGAUGUUCGUCUGCAGGCGAUAAUAUCACUGAAAUAUAUAUUGACAGCUGUACAAGCAGUUUUCCAGAAUCAUAAUGAAGGAAUUGCUAAGAUAAAAGAAGUUUUUGAUACUGUGAUGGAAAUUUAUUUGAAGACAAUGUCUGAAGAUGAUGACAAAGAAGUAGUUGCUCAAGCCUGCAUGAGCGUUGCUGACAUCAUGAACGAUUUUGGUUACAUGGCUGUUGAGCCUUACGUACCUCGCCUAGUCGAAGCAACUUUAGUAUUGCUCCGUGGAGAAUCAACUUGUCAGCUGAUAGAGUCGGACAGCGAGGCCGAUGAGGACGACACUGAGCAUGACGAAGUUCUCAUGGAUGCAGUUUCCGACCUCCUUCCAGCGUUUGCAAAGUCGAUGGGUGCCCAAUUUGCUCCGAUUUUUGCGCAGCUUUUCGAGCCUUUGAUGAAAUUCGCGAAACAGUCGCGUCCGCCGCAAGAUAGGACAAUGGUUGUUGCAACCCUUGCAGAAGUUGCUCAGCACAUGGGUGCUCCAAUUGCUGGCUAUGUCGAUGCUGUGAUGCAACUUGUACUCAAAGAAUUAGGUUCUCCCGAUGCAACCAAUAGGAGAAAUGCAGCAUUCUGUGCUGGGGAGAUGUGCAAAAAUGGCGGCGACUCCGUUUUGAAAUACUAUACCGAUGUAUUAAGUCGGCUUCAUCCAUUAUUUGGGGAAUCUGAGCCAGAUAACGCUGCGAGGGACAAUGCUGCUGGUGCAGUAGCAAGGAUGAUAAUGGCUCACCCGGAUUCCAUUCCAUUGGCCCAGGUCCUACCUGUUCUCCUGCAAGUCCUUCCUUUGAAAGAGGAUUAUGAAGAAUCUACCCCCGUCUAUGGCUGCAUCUGCAAUCUAGUUUUAUCAUCGAACUCUCAGAUACUGGCUUUUGUUCCGCAGCUGGUGAAUAUAUUUGCCCAAGUUGCAGUAUCGCCCGUCGAAACUCCUGAAGUGAAGGUGCAUAUAGGCAGGGCAUUCGCCCACCUGAUGUCACUUUACGGCCAUCAAAUGCAGCCGCUUUUGGGCAAUCUUUCGCCUGCGCAUGCUAAUGCUCUAGCGGCAAUUGCACCUAAGAGCUGAGACGCAUGCAAACCCUCCCCUGUGCAGUUCUCGGUUUAUUUAUUGCUCCUUCCUCACCAGUGAGCUUCUUCAAGUGUGCUUUGUCCCAUUAAAUGGGACGAUUGCGAGGAUUAGAUUUCAAAGCAAGAUAUCUUUUUGGUUCCUUUGUGCUGCCGUCUCCAGUUUUCCAGUUAGGGGAUGUGGCAUUCCCCUAAUUUUUUGUGUACUCGAAUUUUUUGUGUGUACCCGAAUUUUUUGUCUUGCCAUUCUUUGAGUCUGUUUGCUAAGUGUUUGUUUCAUUAAUUAUCUCACAAGUGAGCCAAAAUAGCUUGGAAUCACGUAUAGAGUGCCAUUUAUAGCAAAUUUGUUACAGGUCCAAUCAGGUGUGCAUAAUGUCUUUUCUUCUUGAAAGUCUUUGAAAUAGCCAUUUAUAUCAUAUUUGAUUAUUUGUUCUAAUUCUUCUAAUUCUUUCAUGCACAUCAAUUUUAUCAUAAGUCGGAAUGAGAUACCUUUAAUUCAUGUUUAAAAUGUGUAUCAGUGAAAUUUUAGUGUUAUCUUGUAACUAGAUAAUGUUUUAGAAGUUUCGGAUUGAUCAAAGUUGUGUGAGCACUUUUGAAUCUUUAGACCAAGUCACUUGGACGGGAUUGGAUGGA